AGCAGAGAAGGCGCUGCCGACUCGCGCUGCUGCCUGACCCGGCGGCUCCCUCAGACACCGUCUUUCACCUUGGCCCUCUCUUUCCUUCCUCUCCUUCUUUGACUUUCUCUUUUCCUUAAUCACUUAACUUCUGUCUCCUGGUGGACUUAGGCCACUUUGUCCUCGACCCCCACUUUAGCUUGUCGCCUCCUCUUUCUUCCUUCUACAUCUCUCUCCUCGCCCCGUUCUCUCAGUAUCACGCUCCCUUCUAGUUCUGUGCGUCUGCAAACUUUUGAACAGAAUACUGGCUUCAGCAAACAAGUCCUCCAGCUCCUCCUGCUGCUCUUGUUCGUUCCUGCGGCUUCUUCUCAGGCACUAACGCCAGACGGCGAUUCCUUUUGGGUUGUGAUUCCAGCGCAGAAACUUGGAGGAAUCCUUUGAUCACCGUCCUACUUGGCAGCAAACCCUCUGCUAGCAGCGAAUGACCAUGUGUAGCGGAGCAAGACUGGCCCUGCUGGUCUAUGGGAUAAUAUUGCACAGCAGCGUGCACUGCUCACCUGACACCACCGGACUCCAGUUCCCUGGGAUCAGGUCGGGGAAGAACGCGUAUGACGAAGCGUACGACGAGGACGGAAACCAGCUGCAGAACUUCUUUAACUUGGAGCUGCCGGGCAUAGAAAGCCUAGCCUCCGCGUCCAGGGAAGCCGAAGUGCUCAACCACCCGGGCGAGAUAAGAGAUGUCGCUCACGUGAUCCUUAACAAGGCCUACCGCAAAGUGUUGGACCAGCUGUCCCGCAAGAAAUUACUGCAGAAGCUCGUGGCCAAGGGAGUGGGUGGGAUUCGAGGCGGCGACACCAAGGACGACUCAGAUCCGCUCUCCAAGCGCCACUCGGACGGAAUCUUCACGGACAGCUACAGCCGCUACAGGAAACAAAUGGCUGUCAAGAAAUACUUGGCUGCAGUCCUAGGGAAAAGGUAUAAACAAAGGGUUAAAAACAAAGGACGCCGAAUAGCAUAUUUGUAGCGAUGAGUUACCAGCUACCCUGUGUAUACAACCCUGACACAAUGAAAAGUCAUUUUUUCCCAACAAACUGAACAGUCACCGCUCAUGUGUUCUAUCCAAACAUGUAUUUAUGUAUGAAGUGAAGCCAUUAAAUGAAUAUUUUGAUAAUAAUAUUGUUUUUCUUUUUACAAAGCACUAGAGAAUGCACAGAUAUACUUUGUGGACCAAUUAUUGGUAUAUAUUAUAAAUAUAUAUAUUUAAGAAUAUAUAUACGUAUAAUAGAGAGCAGUUCAUACAAAGUGUGCACAAGGAUUGAAAAUUUACCUGAGCUGUUUAUGUAUUUAUAUAAAAUAGAUAGAAAAAUAGACAAUCAUUGUUUUGAAUAUUACUCCUAUUUUUGUAAACUGGAAUUAAAAGGAUAGUAUUUUUAUCCAUGACAGGCCUAAAGAUAUUAAUACUAACCAUUUGCUACUGUAUAUAAACAAUGAUGCCCUGCUCCAGGGAGAUUUUGAGGUAAUGAUUUGGAAGAAUUGCUAUAGGACAUUCUUUUCGCAGUGAGUCUCUGGGGCAGGCUGCUUCAAUCCCACCCCAACUCAACUAGGCACUGUCCCCCUCGCUGGGUGGCAAUUCCAAUACUUCUGCUUUCUUUGAUUCUACUUUUAUAUGUAUGUCUCUCUUCAGAAUCUUAGCCCAGAAGGAAAUUCUCCCGAUAAAACAACAGGUCUAUCUAAAUUAUGCUUCUCCCCAGAGUUCAUAUCAUUCUCUGGGGCAAGAGUUGGGAGAUUGUAUAGAGAAGGGAGACUUGGGUAGGAAGCUCCCUUUUCUGUACUUCCAGGAAACCCAAUAUCCCAAGGUUAGGACAAUUGGAACAAAGUGGAAGAAAUGCAGGUACACUGGAAGAGGCAGAGCAUAUGCAAUAGGAGGAGGAUCCUGGAGAGGGACUGUUUUGGGGCUGCCCCAGUUCUGGGAUGCUGGGGUUAAGCUGAGUCCCCACCUUAGGUCUCCAGCCUGAGUGGACUGGGUGCUGGGUGUUGAAAUGGAUGCAAAGUACAAUGUGUUUUUCUCCAGUGCUGUCCAUGCUUCUCAUCUUGUGAAAUGGUCAGGACCCUCCCCUUUAAACCCUGCUCUGUAGGAGCCACCCUUUUUUUUGUGAUUUUUCUGAAGACUCCUUCUUCCUACCCUCUUGCCCUGUUUAAGUUCGUUUACCAUUUUCCAGUCACUUCUCUUAAACUUGUGAAUGUGUCUUACUUUUUUGUUGUUUGAUGCAAGCACUUAUUGUAAAGUUUAGGAAACCCUAUGUAGUUAUCACUAAGUAAUUAUGCACUAAAUAUGAAUCCUUUGUUUCUUGUUUAUUGAGUUUGUAGGUAAAAUGUAUUUUUCUACAUUAUGGCUUAUUGCUUAGUAAAAUUUAUUUCAUAAAACCAAUCUUUGUCAUAUCAGAAUGUGUAGUGUUCACAUGUUGCUCAGUUUUACUGAUUGAUAAAUCAUUUAAACUUCAUCUUAUGUAUGAGUACUAUCUUAUAUUUGUGGUCAAGUGUAAGGUAAGCAAGCUCCAACAGACUCUGGGAACUUCCCAUUGUAUCCCUUCUUGGCUACAGAAAGCAUGUUUAUCUGUUUCCUAUCAAUUUCUUGAACAUAUUGAGUAAUCUCUACAAAUAAAAGAACCGGCACCCAACAAGAUCAAGCAACAACACGCAAACCAGCCAAACUCCCAAAUUUCAGACACAAAUUCUUUUGGGGAAAAAAAAAAGAAGAACAAGAAAAGAUUAAACAUUAGCUUGUAAAGUUUAAAGGACCUUUCCUUUUUCUUUAUGGAUUUUAUCAGUAUGAAGUCAUAAAUCAAAGAAAACAGAAUUGGAUUUGCAUUCCCAGGCGGGAUGGAUGCUGCCAGGAGAUCACAUUGCAAACAGUGAAAGCACAGAGGCAUUCGAUCUAUGCCUGAGUCCUGUGUACGGGAUCAAUCUUUCUUUAAUUCUGCAGUCUCCUCAGGCAAUGUGACGUGGGGACGCAGUUUGCAGCUGUAGUGCCUUUCUUCGCCUUUUAAAUCGCCACGAAUCACAGAUGGCUAUUUAGUGGCCCUACAAUGCUGCAACACAUCGGCUUGCAUUUUAGUCUUAUUUGUUUCUUGGAUAUUGGGCAGAGUUUUCUGUAUUUGUGUCAGCUGUUAGUGGUGAAAUAGGGCUCUAGUUAACCUUUUAUUUAUGAAGUCUACUUUAGUGUUUUUGUGGCUAGUUGCAAGCAUUCACAGUGAUCAUCCAGUUUAAUCUUUUGUAUACUUUUUAGAAAUGCCAAGAGCCUUACUAACCUGGAGCAGAUUUAUGAUAUAUAGUGAUAAUUUAGGUAGAUGUUAGUCUUGAAGCUCUUAUUUUGUGUGCAAAUGAUUAUAAAAAACAUCUUAACCAAGUAUUAUUACACACAUGAUAUCUAUAAC